ACAGCUCGUUAUAUUGGAAUUGACAGCAGCAUACCUUUCCCAUUACCCUAUCUUGGCAUUUAUAUGAGUCUUGGUGUGGCAUCUGAAGACAUAGAGUGCAACUAUACGUUAGACAUUGGGAUGAAAACACGAACAGAUGUCAAGGAUAGGAUGGGACAUUUGAGCAUUUAUGGACUCUCCAAGAGUGUGUAUGCAUGUCUUAAUGACAAAGAUAAUGAUGUAGAAUUAUUAUUGCACAAGUUGUUGAUAUCAUAUGUUGAUCCUGUUGAAAAAGAAGAUGGCGUUCUGUGGAAGGAACACAAAGCCAGUGAUGAAUGGGUCCAACAAUGCAAGCAAAUUGUGAAGAACAUGGAGCUUUUACGAUAUAAUCAAG